AAAAGGAACUGCGGCUGGUUUCAAGUCCCUGCAGUUAAUGGAUUUGGAGUGUGGAGUCCUUGGGUUCAGCAGAGCUCCAUGAAAGGAGUAGCAGCGGUUUUAUAGGAAUUAUGUUUGCGGAGUUUUAGAAAGAGUUUAAAUAAAGGUGAAACAGACCCCACGACUGACCUAUGACAAUCUGUGGGAAGACAGAGGUUUGAUUCUCCAACACAGACCUGGAACUGAGAUGAAGCCCUUGUGCACGGUCAUCAGAACCCUCCUGCUCUCAGUCCUGCUUCCAUGGCCAAGCACAGGGAAAUUCCAUGUUAUAGGACCAAGCAAACCCAUCAUUGCCAUAGCUGGAGAAGAGGCUGUGCUAUCCUGCCACCUUGACCCAAUAGUGGAUGCUCAGAACAUGGAAGUGAGAUGGUACCGAACCCACCCUUCAGGUCUGGUGCAUAAUUAUGGGAAACAUAUGGAGCUGCAGAUGCCAGAGUACCAUGGACGGACAGAGUUUCUAAAGGAGAAUAUUGCCAGAGGGCAGGUAGCCCUGAGGAUCCAUCCCAUUCGCCCUUUUGAUGAGGGGGUAUAUAGUUGUUUCUUUGAAAACUCUACGUACAAUAAGGAAGCACAACUUGAAAUGUUAGUCACAGGCUCAGGUGUGGCCCCUCAUAUUCAUAUUGAACCUGCUACCACUGGAGAAGUAAAGCUGACCUGUACAUCCACAGGGUGGUACCCAGAGCCUGAGGUGCAAUGGAGGGACCAGCAAGGACAGCGUUUGGCACCAGACUCUGACACAAAGACAAAAGAAGAAAAUGGACUGUUUUAUGUGAAAACAUCUAUAACAAUGGAUAAAAGUUCAAGCGAAGGUGUGUCCUGUCACAUAAGGAACCCAGUCCUUAGUGAGGAGAAAGAAGUGUACGUUUCUGUGUCAGGUGCUUUGUUCCCUUGGUCAUGGAUAGUGGGGCUUUCUGUGCCCCUGGGCAUCCUGGUUGUUGCUAACCUUUCAUGCUGUAUAUUAUGUGGUGUUCUCAUAUACAAGGAUAUGAUAUGAACGAUUAAUGUUCUGGAGUGAUUAGACGUGCUUCAAAUUGUGAUAGAGAUGAAGGUUUCCUGGAUGUUUGCAUGGAUAAAAAUGCAUUUCGUUGUACACUCAAGAUUGUUGUGCUUUACUCUGUUCUCCACGGUGGUCCCAGUCUUCCUUUCAUCCUGUUACUGUGCCCUUUUGAAGAUACUACCUCACUGAAUAAUUGCUUUGAAAAACAGAAUAAAUAUAAUGGAUAUAAAAGCAUCCAAAGUAGAUCUUAAGUGGUAUUGCAGCUUCCAUGUUUAUCUGUUGGAUCACUCACUCUGGGGGAUGUCAAGCACUAUGACAUGAGAACACUCAAGUUGUCCUGUGGAGAGUGUCAUGGAGACAAAACCUGAGGUCUCCUGCUCAUCGCCAUAAGGAUGAAUCAUCUUGACGGUAAUAUUCCAGCCCAUCUAGCCAACUGAACUACACCUUCCUGGGAGACAAAACCACAACUCUUGACCAAGCCCUCAAAUGCCUAAACCACAGACAUCUUGCAAGCAACUAAGAAGCAACUAAUUUGUAUGAUUAUUUCUGUUUUGUUUUGAUUAUUUUUAUUUUUAAGAAACUAAGAUUGAAAAUUAUUUCUCAUCAGCAUUGAAUAAAUAAUGUACUGACACAAGCUAUACAACCUCUGUCGACAGACACGGUACGGAUGGAGGGGAAAUGCUCUGAAAAA